GCAGCUGGGACUGCAAAUGGCACGUUGCUCGUAUGGGGGUCAGUGGAGGGGAGGAGAGAAGUGAGCCUAGAGCGACCGCCCGCUGCUUCGCGCCUGUGGUGGGAUGUUGCUCUCUUCGAAAGGUUCUACUCUAGCUGGAAGCUGAAGAAUCCUUACACCGAAUCAGUGGUCUGGUCCAGCGGCUUUGGCCUUUGAAGCAUCAGACGUACAAUGACUUGAGCAUGAGCCUAAUCAAACAAGUGAUAAACUUUUAAGGAUAAAGGCAUUGUCCCUGUGAUAGACUUUCUGUUUUUAAGAGUAUUGGGAAAAGGAGCUGUAUAUAACAGUAUCUUCAAUAUGCUGUUGCCAUCAACCAAAAUGCAGAAACCAUUUCAGCUGGUGUACAGGACAUAUUGGAUGCCUUAUCGCAGCUGUAUCUUUCCAUUCUUAAAAGGAAAAGCCUCCUUGCUUAAUACUAGACAGAAAAUGGUUUCCUUGGCGUUGAGCUCCCAGCACCAGUGUCUACAUGCAUCUGCUGCUGUUUGGGUUUCCAAAGAAAGGCAAUUCUUGGGCAUGGCAUCAUCCCAACUAGAAGACCAUCGCAAUAAAGAACUGGAAAGAGAAAUUCAUACCAAACCAUCUGGUAACUUAGCCCAGAAAGACUCUGUAGAACCAAAUUCUGUAGAGCUUGAUCCCUUACAAGACAAAUCUAUUAGUCUCGUGCAGAGAUUCAAGAGAACUUUUAAACAGUAUGGCAAAGUUAUGAUUCCAGUGCAUCUUUUGACUUCCAGCAUAUGGUUUGGAAUUUUUUACUAUGCAGCUUUAAAAGGAAUAAAUGUUGUUCCUUUCCUCGAAUUCAUAGGGUUGCCUGAAAGCAUUGUAAAUAUUCUAAAGCAUUCUCAGAGUGGUAAUGCGUUAACUGCCUAUGCAAUGUAUAAGAUUGCAACUCCGGCCAGAUACACAGUGACUUUAGGAGGGACAUCUAUCACUGUAAAGUACCUUCGUAAGCAAGGCUACAUGUCCACACCACCUCUAGUCAAGGACUACAUUCAGGAUCGAAUGGAAGAAACAAAAGAGCGACUAUCGGGGAAAAUGGAGGAAACCAGAGACAUGAUUAGUGGCAAAAUGGAAGAAACAAAAGAGAGGCUGACUGGGAAGAUGGAAGAAACAAAAGAGAGGAUAACAGAAAAGAUACAGGAAACAAAAGAUAAGGUUUCAUUUAUAAAAAAGAAAGAAUAGGAAAAUUGGCGGCAAAACCAAAGCAUUCGUAACUCUUUAGCAAAUGUGAAAUGUAUACACUUGCUGCUUUUUGUUUCUGCUUGUUUUAGAUGUUUUGGGCUGAUUAGAAAGUGCCAGUGAUUUGAAAACUAAAACAAGAACAUCUAAAACAAGAACAUCACACCCAACUUUAGAAAAUUAUUGCAAUAUUUUCAAGUGUUAGGAUUUGGACCAUAGCUAGGUCCCAAAGUGGGGUUCUGUGGUCUGCCUAAUUAUGACCAACAGUCUUGUCUGGAUCUUUGUGGGGAAAGAACAAAGUUAUCUACACAUCUGAUUUGAGCUGACCUCUUUGUCACUGUUAAGUGUCUUGGAAGCAAUGUUUGAGAAUGUUUGGGUCAUGUACACAAACAUAUUUUGGAGAUGGUGUCAAUAUUUGUAAAUCAUUUAAUCAUAAUAUUCUUAAAAGAUCAGGUAAUUAUAAAAUAUAUAUUACUGCUAUAUUCUUAUAAACAGUUUACUGAAUGGUGUAUGAGAGAGACUGUAAAAUGAUACUAAACUUAAUUGAAUAUUUCAAAUGUGCAAUUGGAUUGAUUAUUCCACGGUUAGACUAAAAAUGUCAUGCCAUCAUUAAAAGUUUUGAAAAUAGAGAAGAUAAACCUACCUCUGCAUAUGAAUAGUCAUUUACAUUUUCAUCUUUGUGUUUAGAGUAAAGACUGAUAGAUGCUGCUGCCUUUUACAUUGAAGAAUCCUAGAAAAUUUCCACAAAACUUCAGCAUUACUAUACUGUUGAGUACUAUGGAGUAAUCUAAAAUUUACAGGUGUGAUUUUUAUGAUUCCCAUGUUGUUGUAAUUUUCUGUGGUAGUCAGUUAAGUUUUACUCAGAGUAGACCCAUUGAAAUUAAUGGCCCUGGCUUAGCCUUGUUCAUUGGUUUAAGUGGGUCAUCUCUGAGUAUAUCUUCAUUGAAUGCCAUCCAAAGUUACCUGUUCUGUCUGAAGCAUAACAUGGCAUUUCAGUUCUCCUAUGAUUUUGUUUUUUAAAGCGCUUAUAAGCUGGAAUAUAAAGGAGUACUGCAUUGGAGUGGGAGAUCCAGAAACUCAUGGUGCACCCUUUCAACCUCUUGUGUAUGUAUACCACUGCUUGUGCUGUGACUGGUGGAAAAAGGAGCCAGUGAUAGGAUUGCACCCAAAGCAGCAAACAUUUUUUGCAAUCUGGUUACCUUUAAGCUAUAUGAAGGAAGAUAUGUAUUUGUCCGUCUAUUUCUAGACUUGCUUCUUUUAUUUCUGUCAAGUUACCAGAAAGCAUCUGUAGAGUUAACUUCAUAAAGGCCCUCUUUCAGGGACAGUGUAAGGGAGAUUGAUGGCAGUCCAAGAGGCAUCUGCAAAGUCCAUUGCCAAAAUGUGCUCUGACUACUUUUUCAUGCUACUGAUUUAAGGAAUUGUUUUCUUUAAUGCUUUCAAGUAUAAGAGGGAAGCACUUACCAACAAACCAUCUUGUGCAGGGCAAUUAAGACUUUUGAGAGUUACACUAUUACAGGGUUAGUCCUUUAAAACAACCCCCGUGGAUACAGAGUACCCCUGUUCCAUGGGACCUCUUUUAAAAGACUCACCCUGUAUAAGAGUUCAAAGACAGUAUUGUACAAUGAUAUAAAUUGCUCCCCUCUUUAUGUGGUCAGUUUUCAAUGGUGAGGCUGAACUUACUGCCACUUGUGUAUCCCAGACUGAGUUUCUUGAAUCCAUCUUCCAAGUGCUCACCAUGCCUUUUUUCUUCCAAGGUGGCAUGUUUCCUUUGGUCCCAAUUGUGCAGGAUGAGCACCACUCGACACUGCAUGUUCAUCCUGGCAUUACUGUAUUAGUUCAACUGAACUAUCAAAGAUACCCCUGACAUGAAUUUUUCUCCUUUCUCUCAUCACAUGGAAGAUAAAUUGCCUGUGUCAUUCUGGCAGCUGACAAUGAGGAUUUUCUGUGUACAUCAGGAAGAAAAAUAUGUGAUAAAAUAGGUAGUUGUAUCCACCACCAGUGUAAUGCUGUUAUAAGCAUGCUUUGUGAAUGGGACUGGAUGCACGAGAGAGAAGACAUUGGCAGUUGGCUUUUUGUCUUCCCUUUGUCUUUCUUGUAUCUUUUAAUUGAGUGAAAGGAUUCUGUGAGAAAAUAGCUAUGGAUAAAAUAUUCAAAAAGGUGGAAGUCAGUAUGGCAUGAACAUUUGCCACGCCAAUUUUAAAUUGCUUUAACUGCAGGUGUCAAACUGGGACCUCCCCUGUUGCAGAGAUUUGAAUCAGCAGCCAUUUUCACAAAGUUUCUUAGCAUAUGUAAUAAAGCUGAAAAUAACAAAAGCAACAUGAAAGCAAGGCACAUGGCCAGCAUCGGGAGACGCAGGGAACUGUGACCAUAGUUGUGCCCCCAUAUAUUUGGGUCAAAAAUAAGCAGCUCUAAAAUAAGCAGCCCUAAUGUUAGUCUGAGUUCAAAGUGGGCACCUGCUUAUUAAUGAGAUAUGGUUUACCUGGCCUUGUACCCUGGUAUGUAUUGGUUUGCUUUUUCCUAGGUAGAUUUGCGGAUCUUGCUAGAGGAAAGCCCCAAAGGUUGAUACUUAGAACAGCAUACUUCAGAAAGCAGCACUGAGGUCAUGAGGUCAUCACAACGUGCAAGGACAGCAUAGUGAAAAAUAAGAGCCAUGGCUGGAAGUGAAGUACCACCAUGGCCUUAAGCGCAAUAUUUAUUUUAUUUUUCCACAAAGAGCAUGUUGGAGAGUUAUGCUGUCAGAUGUCAAUUGCAUGGAUGUUAGCUUUCACCCUAGUACAGACCUGGCCACUUUUACCUUUGCAUAUAUAAUACACAUAAAAUAGUACAGGGGGAAAAUAGAUUUCUAGGCUGCAGUCCUCUAUUUCUGAAUGAUUUUCCCUUCCUUGUCUUUGUACUGUUAAGCCAAGUUUAAAAGAAUAUAUUCUGGUUUAAUGUCAGUCUAUUUAAAAUGAAACAAUUCCGUCCUCUUUCUUGAAAUAAAAUUUGUGUUUUGUUGUAGUGAUAACACCUAGGGCUUAGAAAUAAUAUUGGGGUGGGAUGGAAGCAGUAUCUGCAUGCUGCUGCUGUGCUUGAUCAUUCAUUUCAGUGUGACUUUCCCUGGCUCUCUGCGCCAGCCACACUGAAGGAAGAUGGCAAAGCCACAAUAUUUGGUGAAAUGUUAUCUUUCAUCCACUAUCCAAUUUAUUCCUUGACAAGUUUGCCUUUUUCUUAUAUCCACUGUAGAUGGAUCUUGCUGGAAUAAAUUUUGCAAAGUACCAUUAUUAAAGUACUCAUGGCACAUCAUUACUGUCUGUGGGUUCUUCUUGUGUCACUGGCUGAGAGGAUCUGUAAGUUAUAACUCCCUUUCACCGUCCUCCAAUAUGCUUUAAACAUUAUGCUGAUAUAGAUAAAAGUUGUGUGUAGUGUAUGUUUUUGAAAAGCAAUUAUCUUUUAAAUGAUUUUUUUUUCAUAACUUUUGUAUCCUUACUGUGGAAAUAAUUGUGCUGAGACUUUUGCUUGGAGUUUGCAGAGAUGUUAUUCUAAUUUUCCCUAAUGAUACUCUUCUGAAAAAUAAACUUUUGCUUGUGAAAUGGUUAUAAUAUUAAAUUGCAUCACAACCA